AUGAUGAAAAAUUUGCACCUAAAUAGAAGUAAUGAAAUUUAUUCUGAAUCUAGUAAUGAAAAUGAAAAAAGUAAUUCUAAUUAUUUGUUAAAUACAAAAAAAGUUAAGAAAAAAAGCAAAAGGGAGUUUGAAAAAAAUUCACAUAACUUAAACGAUACAAUAAUGAAUAAUGGUCUUAAAAAAUGCGAAAAAAAAGCGUUUAAUGUUAUAGAAAAAGGAAAAAAAAGAUUUAAAAGGCUUGCGGUUAAAAAAAAAUGCAAUUCAAAUGUUAAGUUGCAAGACAAUGCAAACUUCAUAAGUAAUAAAAUUUGUAUUUUGAAUAAUGAAAACAAAAAUGGGCACAUUACUAGUAAUAAUAAUUUAAACGACGUGAAAAUUAUUAAAAAUAAAUAUUGCUCUAAAAAAACAAAAAUUGAUAAAAUGGAAAAUGAUACAUCAAGUAAAAAAAACGAAAUAAAUGUAAAAAACAAUGACAAUAAUAAUAAAGUAUCCGAUAAAAAUUAUGAGAAGAAUACUUUAAAAAAAAUAAAAAAUAAAAAGAUUAGUGAUAACCAUACGAACUCUUCAAAAAUAGAAAACCAAGUUUUUGAUAUUAGCCAUCACAUAUAUAACAUAUUAAAUAUAUUAAAUUUACCGAAAUCAGAUAUUUUAAAAAGAACAAAUAAAAGGUUCGCUGAAACUUUUUUAUAUUUAACAAAUGGCUAUAACGUUGAUAUAGAAAAAAUAUUUAAAGGAUCUAUGUACAAAAGAAAAUACAAAAACAAUUCAGUAAUAAAGAUUACAGGGAUUCAAAUAAAUUCUCUCUGUAAACAUCAUUUACUACCUUUUCAAGGGAUAUGCACUAUUGAAUACGUUCCAAACAAAUACAUCAUGGGGUUAUCUAAAUUUUCAAGAAUUGUAGAUGCAUUUUCUAGAAGAUUGCAACUACAAGAAGAUUUGACUAAUGAUAUUUGUAAUAUUUUAAGAAAAUAUUUAAAACCAUUAAAUCUUCAAGUUACUAUAGUAGCCAAACAUUUGUGCAUUAAUAUGCGUGGAGUGAAAGAGCACAAUUCUACUACUGUUACACAAGUAUGUUGUAAAUUAAAAAAUAAUAAGUAUACAAGUAAAUCAUAUAUAAAUAACUGUUUUAAAAAAGAAAAUGAUAUUAGUAAUUAUGACAGUAUUAAUAAAAUGAACUAUGAUGAAAAUUAUUAA